AUGAUUCACAAUUUAGGGUACUAUCUCGCUGAUGGUAUCUAUCCGCAAUGGGCGACUUUCGUGAAAUCAAUUCCAAUGCCUACACGACCCAAGGAUUUGAAGUUUUCCCAGGCUCAAGAGGGGUACAGGAAGGAUGUGGAAAGAUGUUUCGGCAUUUUACAGACGCGCUUUAGUAUUGUUCGAGGAGCGGCUCGUGGCUGGGAUAGAGAAGACAUUCGAUACAUCAUGUUGACGUGUAUUAUAUUACACAACAUGAUAAUCGAGGAUGAAAGAGCAGAUGACAGUGAUGAGGAUUUGGAGUCCGAUGAAGAAGAGGAUAACAAUAUGAGGCCCAGGUUGGCCCAGGUUUGGGAAGGACCGACCAGUGAUGACUUCAAUCCUGUUGGUAGAGAUGGUUAUUACUUCAACGGAUUCAUGGAUCGAUAUGAUGCCAUUAGAAGUGCAAACAGUCACUCAAACCUUCAAGAAGAUCUGAUAGAGCAUUUCUGGAACGUUCAAGGCAACAUGGAGAUCUAG